AUGGUUAUAAAAGUGGAGAAAGGAGAUAUUAUGGUAACUAGAGAAUCGCUUAAUGAAAUGCUGGGAAUUCCAAUGAAUGGAAAAAGAAUUGAAGAACUUGGUUAUAGAGAUCGUUCAGAUACAUGGUAUAAUAAUUGGGCUAUACAAUUUGAUGAUGUUUUAAAUUUGAGAAUGACACAACUACGAAAUUCAAUUGUGUCUACAUCAUUAGCUGAUAUGAAUUUCAUAGUUUUGUUUGUAAAUACUCUUUGUGAAUCAAGUUCAAGCGGUGUAUGCAACAUUAACAUAUUAAAGCACAUAUCAAGUGGAACUGAUAUCAAAAGUAUUGAUUGGUGCUCAUAUGUUUUGGAUUGCCUCAUCAACAUGAGUAGUUCAUUUGAACCUUACAAUGAUAAAAAAUACUUUUUCGGACCUUCUGCACAUCUCUUGUUGUUGUAUCUUGACAAUAUUGAUUCUGAUGAAUUAAAGGUUGAGCGGACAAGACCAGUCAUUUGUUAUUGGAGCUCAGAAAAGAUAAAAUAUCGUGAAAAUCUGGAAAUGACUAUUGGAAGAUUUGGUUUUGGAGAUAUAAAUCCUCCUUUUGUAACAUAA